AUGUCUCUCCAAACACCACUAUGCUCUCUCCUCAAGAUCCAACAUCCAGUGCUGCUAGCUGGCAUGGCCCGCGCAUCUGGAGCUCCAUUAGCAGCAGCAGUCUCUAACGCCGGUGGUCUGGGUACAAUUGGCGGACUCGGCUAUACUCCAACUCAACUAUCAGAGAUGCUCACAGAGCUCAAGUCGCUUCUCCGAGACCCCUCACUCCCCUUCGGCGUGGAUCUUGCUCUCCCGCAAGUCGGGGGCUCAGCGCGCGCAACAAACCACGACUACACACACGGCCAGCUGGAUGAGUUAAUCGAGGUGACCAUUUCGCACGGUGCCAAGCUCUUCGUCUCUGCCGUCGGCAUCCCGCCAGCGAAGACCAUCAAGCGGCUCCACGAGGCCGGCAUUCUAAUUAUGAAUAUGAUCGGCGCGCCGAAGCACGCCCAUAAGGCGUUCAAGGCGGGUGUCGAUAUUGUCUGCGCGCAGGGCGGCGAGGGCGGCGGUCAUACAGGCGAAGUGCCGUUCUCCGUUCUCGUACCUGCUAUUGUGGAUGUUGCGCGGCAGUAUAAGAGUCCGUUGACUGGCGAACCGGCGCUUGUAGUUGCAGCCGGUGGUAUCAACGAUGGUCGGAGUCUGGCGGCGUCGCUGAUGUUUGGUGCUGCAGGUGUUUGGGUGGGAACGCGCUUUGUGGCCUCCGAGGAGAGCGGCGCUAGUCGUUUGCACAAGGAGGCUGUUGUUGGGGCACAGUUUGGUGAGACCAAACGCACACUUGUUAUCUCUGGUCGGCCUUUGCGCAUGCUACCCAAUGAGUAUAUUAAAGAAUGGGAAUCGCGACCUGCUGAUAUUGCCGCGCUGACUUCCAAAGGUAUUGUGCCCAUGGUGGACGAUUUGGAGAAUGAGAAAGAUGUCGAUAUGCCGUUCCUCAUGGGCGAUGUCUCAGCUAGUGUCAAGAAUAUAAAGCCAGCCGGUGUCAUUGUGAAGGAGAUGGUCCGGCAGGCUGUUGAUGUGCUCAAAGUCGGAGGCUCAUAUAUCACUUCAACAGGGCCGGCGAGUAAACUGUAG